GCUAAAUAAAACAAACAUUGGUGGUAAUUUUUGACGGUGUAACUUUACAAAGGGAACCCCAUAAAUGCUGGGAGAGUUUUAUUUUGAAAUCUGGCAGGAAGUGAGCUUGGUUUUGACUGUUAAUCAGUUUAACUUCACUGAACCUGAGCGAGAGGCUUGCAGCUGCUCAUCAGUGGAGCAGUAACAGCAUCACAGAGAAGUUGCUGCUGUCGUUUCAUAAUUUGUUUACAUCUGGGACUCAAGAAGUGUUUUUUUAUGUUCUGACAGAGAGAAGAACACAGACUGUGGAGAAACAAAUCUGCCUGGGGAUGUUAGCUGAGUGAUGAGCAAAAGGAUAUUUCCCACUGAUGUUAGUGAUGGAAAACACCACAUACCCCUCAAACAUCCCCCAUUACCUUCUGCGUGGUGACCCGUUUGCUUCAAGACUCUCCAGAGAGGCGGACUUUGUCGCAGCCUUUUACAUCUGUAUCAUCGGUGUUCUGUCUGCGAUCGGAAAUGGCUACGUGAUUUUUAUGACUGUCAAACGCAAGACCAAGCUGAAGCCUCCUGAGCUCAUGACUGUCAAUCUUGCCAUUUUUGAUUUUGGCAUAUCAGUGACAGGAAAGCCAUUUUUUGUUGUAUCUAGUUUCUCACAUCGCUGGUUGUUCGGCUGGAAAGGCUGUCAUUUCUAUGGCUGGACAGGCUUCUUCUUUGGCUGUGGGAGCCUCAUCACAAUGACAGUUGUGAGCCUUGACCGGUACCUCAAGAUCUGCCAUCUCAGAUACGGUACAUGGCUGAAACGCCACCACACCUUCAUAUGCCUGGCCUUUACUUGGGUGUAUGCAAUCUUUUGGGCCACUAUGCCCCUUGUUGGCUGGGGGAAUUAUGCCCCAGAGCCAUUUGGGACUUCCUGCACUCUGGACUGGUGGCUUGCACAAGCCUCUGUUUCUGGUCAGACCUUCGUCAUGGCCAUGCUUUUUUUCUGUCUUCUUCUCCCUGCUGGAAUCAUUGUUUUCUCCUAUGUCAUGAUCAUCUACAAGGUCAAGUCUUCCUCUAAGGAAGUUUCACAUUAUGAUGCCCGCAUCAGAAACAACCACAACCUUGAGAUCAAACUGACAAAGGUAGCAAUGCUCAUUUGUACAGGUUUCUUGAUCGCUUGGAUCCCUUAUGCAGUGGUUUCGGUGGUGUCAGCAUUCGGCGAGCCAGACUCAGUCCCCAUCCCGGUGUCUGUUAUUCCUACAUUAUUGGCCAAGUCGUCAGCUAUGUACAACCCCAUCAUCUACCAGCUUGUGGGCAUGAAAUGCACACGUUUGUCCACCUGUUGCAUAGCCAUGAAGAAACGAAAGCAUUUUAGAGAGACAAGGUUCCACACCAUCUCUGGCCCAGUCAAGGAAACAGAACCAGACACAAAAGCUCAAAUCAAGAUAUGAAGAGAAAAGAGGAAAAUAAGAGAUCUUUCACCUGUUCACCUUGGACUGCAUGCUUUAUUCCCGACCCUCUGUGGUGUUUUACACUCCAAUCAAUUACUCACUGCCUGCUGUGAAGUAAUCAUCAGUUCACCUUUACCACUGGUCCCUGAGGCGCCAUCCACACAGGGAGCACAUUUGAUAAUAAUUGAACCUUUUAUUUUUUGUCAGUUUAGCCUUGCAUCCAUAUGGAAACAGUGUUUGGGAGCACCAGAAGAAGAAUGGAAAAUGUAAUGUUGAUUCCUUCCUUGUGUUUUUGUGUAGACAGCCAUAAUCCAACCUUUUGAAAAUCAUUAUGUCAAAGACCCAUGAACCCAACUAAAACCCAAACAUGUGAGGUGUCAAAAAAAAGACAGAUUCUGUUUUUGUGUUCAUCCUACAGAACCUGGUUACUAGGAUUGCUUCAGUUAGCAGAGAGCACUGAUGAACAAAAACAAACACCUCACAAAGGAGAACCAAAUGAAGAAAAAGGAAAAACUUUGGGUUUGGCUUUUACAUUUGGAACUUAGCAUGCAAGCUUUAUGCACAGGGUCUUUUCUAUUAUGUAUUUUUUGUGUAUUUUUGUAGCAGUGUUACAACGUGACCAAUAAUGCUUUGAAUUGUUUGUAGUUUUCCAUGUGAAUGAAUACAUUUUUUAAAGUGUUGCCAUGUUUAUGAAGGUAUUUGUAGAAAUUACAGAAAAAAAAAUAUUUUUUUGAAAAAUCAGUUUUCAUGUGGACAAGGUCUGAGUCCCCCAGCUUGGUUUUCCCAAGUGUAAAAUAAAUUCUCAUUGUUUAGCACAGUACAUUAUUCCCUUGGCUGUUAAAAAAUUACUACUAACAUUUUAAUAUUAUUUAGCACAAUGUUGUUACAUUUUGUUGUUUUUGUUGUUGUUUUGUUGUUGUUGUUGU